UGUCAGUCUCCACAUCUGUGCUACAUUGAAAUGAUUCCGGCGGAAGUUUAGUGGCGAGGCCCUGUCCACAAAGAAAUGGCGAGUGGAGUCGGGAAACACAAGAGGCUGUCCGUUGGCCCGACGGAGCCGUGGUCAUUGAGGGAGAAACUAUGCCUCGCUUCCUCUGUUAUGAGGAGCGGAGACCAAAACUGGGUGUCAGUCAGCAGAGCCAUCAAGCCUUUCUCAGAGCCAGGCCGCCCUCCAGACUGGUUCUCCCAGAAGCACUGUGCCUCUCAGUAUUCUGAGCUGCUGGAGACUACAGAGGCUCCAAAGCGUAAGCGUGGAGAGAAGGGUGAGGUGGUGGAGACCAUCGAGGAUGUGAUCGUACGGAGACUCACUGCCGAGAGGAUAGAGGAGCUGAAAAAACUACUGAGAGACACACAGGACAAAUACAGAAAGUUGAAGAAGGAGGUGGAUCUGAUCCAGACAGGACAUCUGGACUCACGGCUAGAGGAGCUGUGGACAGACAUAACACAGAAAAAUAAGCAGGAUGAGGAUGAGGCAGAUCUUAAGAGGAAGGCCACAGAGACAUCCUACCAGGCUCGCCAAGCGGUUAAGAACACGCCCAAGCGGGUGUCCAGUGUUACUAUACGCUCCCCUCUGGGUGCCAGUCCCACGGGCAUGGAGGGGGCACAGACAGACACCCCCACACCCCCAAUAGAUACAGCCAUGCCCCAGGCAGAGGAGACCCGUGGUGCCAAUUUGUCCCAGGGGGGAGCAGUGUUCCUACCGUCGUCGGAUGCUCCAAUAGCGGGGCCCAAGGAGGGAAGCCUGGGGUCUCUGGUAGACGACUCCCCACAGAAGAGGCUUCUCAGUCAGAAGUCCACGCCGCCUCCCUCCCCUCUCCUCUCAGAGCUACUGAAGAAAGGAAGCCUGAUCUCUGCUAGCCCCAUACUGGUAGUGGAGGCGGAUGCUGCUGCUGCAGGACUGGCUAACGGAGGAGUUCCUACUGCAACCCCCACUAUCACAGCAGACUUUGAGGUCGCCCGCGCAGUCAAAGAGGCAGGCUCAGAGGUGGUGAAGGUGGAGGAGGACCAUGCACCUGGUUCCUACAUGGGGGAUGAGCUGGACAUGGAGACCGUGGGAGACAUAAUCUCCAUCAUAGAGGAGAAGGUGGAUGACUCUGUGGAGGUUCUAGAUGCUGCAGCAGUGGAGGCUGCUCUCUCUCUCUGUGAGGAGGCUGUUUCUGCUGGCCACUCCCUCUCAGGCCCAUGGGAGGCUCAGGACUUGAAGACCUCAGAGCCUGGUCCUAUGGUUCAGUCUGACCCCACACAUGGGCUUCAGGCUGCGGCUGGAGCUAACCCUGGGAGCCUGGAGGCACAGACAGAGAGUGGAAGGGGGGAAGCCGAAGAGGGGAAGGACUAUGAGGGACAAGAAACAGUGCAGACAAAUGUGGUCCCUUCUGUUGUUGCUGAUGAUGGCCUGGCAGGAAGCGAGGUCACAGAGGAGGGAGUUCUGGGGGAGGAAGGAGCCCUGAGCACAGCUGUGAAGACUGAAAAUGAGGAGUGGAUCCAGCCAGAACUAAACACACCCUGCCUAGACUCAGAAGACAGCUCUGGAUCAGGGAAAGAGUCCAAGGAAGUGAAGGAUGAGGAUGGAGCGAGUGAUGGGGAUCCUGAUGAAGGAAUGGAGAUGAAGGAAUGUGGAGAGGGGGAGGGGCCCUACCUAUCAGAAGUAGAACCGGCAGCCAGUGAGAGCGAGGAUGGCUAUGGCCCCUCCUCCCAACGCUACACCACAGCUGAUUCGCUAGCCAGCAGCCCUGCCUCUUCCCAGUUUUCAAUAUGCGGGGAGGAUCAGGAGGCGGUUCAGGCUCAGAAGAUCUGGAAGAAAGCCAUCAUGCUGGUGUGGAGAGCAGCGGCCAAUCACAGGUACGCCAGUGUCUUCCUUCAGUCUGUGUCUGAAGACAUCGCCCCUGGUUACCACAGCAUUGUACACAGACCCAUGGAUCUGUCGGCCAUCAAGAAGAGUAUCGAGGCGGGUCAGAUCCGUACGACAGCAGAGUUCCAGCGUGACAUCAUGCUGAUGUUCCAGAACGCGGUGAUGUACAACAGCUCUGACCACGACGUGUUCCACAUGGCCCUGGAGAUGCAGAGAGAUGUUCUAGAACAUGUGCAGCAGUUCCUGGCCACUCAGCUCAUCAUGCAGACCUCAGAGUCCUCCAUCUCCACCAAGAGCCUCAGAGGCCGCGAGGGGGGUCGCAAGCCAGGGGAGUCCGUGGAGAAGGACAGUGUUCCAAUGGCCUCUCCCGCUUUCCUUCUCUCUCUCUUUGAUGGGGGCACCAGAGGGCGCCGCUGUGCUAUUGAAGCAGACAUGAAGAUGAAGAAAUAACCAGAGUCAAAAGGCAGUAGGACAAUAGAUUGCCAACAGGCCAUAGGGCUGGAGGUUUAAAGAGAGACUUGAUGCAAGGCUGCAGUCCUCGGGUAUUCUCCUCUCCAGGCCAUUUCUAAUUGAUCAUUGUGUACCAUAGUUGUGUACAGUUUAAUUAACUAACUUAAGUCUGAUUGUAUUUAAAGCCAGUACACUAGAUAUCCAGACAUCAUAUGAUUCUCAUUGAUAUUUGCCACUGGUAAACAGCAGACACUGCAGCCCUGGAGGACUGAAUCUGUUUUACAACUGCAGUAGUACUAAAGUACUUGUGACUGACUUGGGGCCCUGUUGUUUUGUGUAUAGGAUUAGCCAACUGCAAAAUAUCCUUCAAGGAAUCAUGAUCCCAGUGUCAACACUGAUUGUUAGAAUCAACAUUGUUUCAAUAUAAUUUGUCAAUGUGUAACGUGGAAUCUAUACUGAACAAAAAUCUAAACGCGACAUGAAACAAUUCCCACCCCACAUGAUCCUGCAGGUCUGGUGAAGAAGCUGUAUGUGGAGGUCCUGGGCUGACGUGGUUAUACAUGAUCUGUGUAACCACGGUUGUACUGACAUAUUCUCUAAAACGAUGUUGGAGGCAGCUUAUGUUAGAGACAUUCAGCUCUGGUGGACAUUCCUGCAGUCAGCAUGCCAAUUGCGCGCUCGCUCAGCACUUGACAUCUGUGGCAUUGUGUUGUGAUAAAACAGCACAUUUUAUAGUGGCCUUUUAUUGUCCCCAGCACAAGGUGCACCUCUAUUGAUUGUGCUGUUUAAUCAGCUUAUUGAUAUGCCACCACCUGUCAGGUGGAUGGAACAUCUUGGAAAAUUAGAAAUACUCACUAACAAAGAUGUAAACAAAUUUGUGCACAACAUUUGAGAGAGGGAAUCUUUUUGUGGGUAUGGAACAUUUCUGGGAUCUUUUAUUUCAGUUCAUGAAACAUGGGACGAACACUUUACAUGUUGCGUUUAUAUUUUUUGUUUAGUAUAUUUGGAAAAUACCAUAGAAAUAAGAGUGAAGAGAACAGGCUUGGAACCUCUAACCCUGGCAAUUAAUUAACUGGUUAACUCAUGUUUACACUCUCAAUGGCUGCCUGGUAUUGUGAUGCAAUAAUUGCCAUGGUAUUUUGGAAUGUUCUAUCAACUGAUGCUGGAUUGCCAUGGUAAUGUAGAAUGUUCAUUCAAAUGAUUCUAACUAAUGUGGCUCAUGGAAUGUAUUUUUUGUAAUAUCAAUUGACUUGACUCAACAAAUCACAGCACAGAUGGAAAGGUACACUUCCUGUUUUUACGUCCUGGCAUGGGUACACCCAUUAUGCCAUCAUUGACUUGAAUGGAGAUGCCCUUUCUAUUCAUUCUUAUUUCUAUGGAAAAUACAUUGGAUUUGCAAAAAGUAAUCAACUGUUGUUUUGAGGGUAAAUUUUCAACCACAGAAUUAUGUAAUCGUGGUAACAAAUUUUGCACAUAGCUAAACCGUGUAUAAAAUGUUUAAUUUGAAA